AUGAAUACAGAGAAAAGUGACUCGGAGAGGACAGGUUUCUAUCAGUCUUCAAAGGAGCUGCUUCCGCACCCUCCAGGUCUAGUUCAAGCACGCAGGCAUUCAAGGGGGUCUGUCUUCCGCAAGCUCCUGGUUCUUGGAAGCUCUGCCCUUAUCUUUUCCCUACUCUACAACGCUCACUCUAUCUCCUGCUUUGUUGGUUUGAAGAAAGACAAGUACUCUGGAUCCUAUGACAAUUACAUAAAGCGUAUCGAGGAGGGCUAUCUUGCCGUUCCAUCCACGGAUUCUGCGCUCGCAGCCUCGCGCGAUUAUGCCACACACCCACAUUUGGCUGGCGCAGUGGAAGACUUCCAGGACGCAAAGGAGAUCCUUGCCCUCUUCCACUCCGAGUUUGGUAUCCCUACGCCUGCUACCGAGCCCAUCUACUCGGCAGGCUCCCCUGAGUCCCGCGAGGCAACUCUCAGCACAUCAUCUAAGCUUAGCAAACCAGCCGCAUGGGUUGAUAUCUAUUACCCAGUUAUGAACACAGGGAAUGCGGAUGGCAUGGUUGUGGAACUGCUCGGCGAGAGUGACAAGCCCAUCUGGAAAGCCGACCUGCUUGAGGAUGGUGACCCUCGUGACGAGACCGCUGCUGAGUAUAGGAAUGCCGUUCCACCCUUCCAUGGUUUCAGCGCCGCUGGAGAGGGUAUCGGUCAACUGGUGUACGCCAACUACGGGACCCAUGAUGACUAUAACAAGCUCGUUGACGCUGGAGUUGACCUCACAGGCAAGAUCAUUCUGGCUCGCUAUGGUGCUAAUUUCCGUGGUCUUAAGGUGCAAGGCGCAGCAGAGCGUGGAGCAGUUGGUGUCCUGAUUUACUCUGACCCUCGAGACGACGGGAGUGUCACCGUGGAGAACGGAUAUGAGCCGUACCCUGCUGGUCCUGCCAGAAAUCCUACAUCCAUCCAACGUGGCUCAGUUAUGUACCUCUCAAUCUACGCAGGUGACCCCACCACGCCAGGCUACCCCGCAUAUGAGAAUGCAACUCGCGUUGAGGCAACUAACAUUCCAAAUAUUCCAAGCUUGCCACUUUCCUGGGCCAAUGCUAAACUUCUUUUUGAGGAGGAGCUCGGUGGUGUCCCUGAGGGUACCAAGUUGAAUGGGAGAGUUGGAAGCAGAAAAGUCAGGAUGGUUAAUGAUGUGGAUGCCAAGGUCACACCUAUCUGGAACACUAUGGCUGCAAUUCCUGGCCAUAUCAAAGACGAAGUCGUUCUCCUUGGGUGCCAUCGUGAUGCUUGGGUUAUGGGCGCUGCGGAUCCCACAUCCGGCACUGUCUCUCUUCAUGAAGUUGUUCGCGGACUUGGGGCUCUUUACAAGCGUGGAUGGAAACCACUGCGUACAAUUGUCAUUGCCAGCUGGGAUGCUGAGGAGUACGGUCUCAUUGGAAGCACUGAGUGGGGCGAGGAUUUUGCCGACUGGAUCCAGGAGCAUGUGGUCUCUUACGUCAAUGUCGACGUUUCGGUUUCUGGUUCUCGCUGGCACACUUCUGCUUCCCCUUCUCUCGCACACCUCAUCCAGCGUUCCGCCCAAGACGUCCCUCACCCUACUGAUGCAGAAAAGACCCUGUGGGAUGCCCAUUUUGACGUUGGUCCUUACGGAGGCCCUGUGGAUGCCGAAUUUGCUCGCAUGUGGGAUAAAAAGAUCUCAAAUGAACCACAGAUUGGCCCACUGGGAUCAGGAAGUGAUUAUACAGUCUUCCUGCAGAGACUUGGCGUUGCCAGCUCCGACCAGGGCUUCGGUAAUACUCCGACAGACGCGCCAUACCACUACCACUCUAUCUAUGACUCGCAGAUGUGGCAAGAAGUGUACGCAGACCCUGGUUUCUACAAGCAUGUUGCUGUCGCGCAGAAUUUGGGUCUGUUGACAUUGCGUCUCACAGAUUCCAUAAUCCUCCCUUUGAAUACCACUCAGUAUGCGCUUGAGCUUGACUCCUACGUCGACACCGUCAUCGAUUCCGCUUACCGUGAGGAGAUUCUGCCGGAUCUGUUCCCUCUCAGGAGGGCCAUUGCAAAGUUGCAGGACGCAAGCUUUAAGCUUGACGAGGAGAAAGCUGCCGCCGAGAAAGCUCUCCAUAAGGCUUUGAAGAAAGUCGAUCGUGUUCGCGUCGGCAGGCGGAUCAUCCGAUGGAUCAAGGAGCAUCUCGGUAUUGGUGCCCAGGAGGUCCAUGACUUGAGGUUUGAUGCGCUCAAAUGGAUGUCGUCUGUAACAGAGUCCAGUUUCUCAGAAACGGAUAUCUGCAAGUCGCGCGGCAAGGGCCCGUUGUGUGAAUUCAUACGCGCCGCUAAGAGGGUCAGAAUCGCCAAUCAAAAACUCGUGGCGUUUGAACGCGGAUUUCUCUCUGAGGAUGGCAUUAAGGAUAGGGAAUGGUACAGACAUUUGGGCGUUGCUCCCGGGAAACACCUCGGGUAUGCGCCAACGACACUGCCAGGCCUAACGGAAGCCAUUGUCUAUGACGAGGAUCACGAACUCGCCGAGUAUGAGGCCGCUCGACUGACCGCACUCAUCGAGAACCUCGCAGACUUCCUUGAGGUCUAA